AUGACAGAGUCUUCAAGUACAAGUUAUCAGCUGACAAGUGCAUCAUCAGACGUUCACGGACUUCCAGCUGUUGGUGGUUCUAGGGAAUCAAGUAGUGGAGCAUCUAGCCAGUCCGAACGGAAUCGAAGCGGAGGCUCCCGUCCCUACUCAAGUAGGCCACCAAAAGCCCCAAGACCUUUCACUCCAAGAAGAAGAGACCUGGAGAUAGAAGAAGACCCAAGGUAUGCAGUCACCCAGCGGGACUUCCAGUCCCCCACCGAUGAAUCCAUGGACACCGUCGAGGGAAUCCCUUUCUCCACUGUUCAAGCGUUUCAAGACCAAAGAGCGUUGAAUUUUGAUCAAAGAUCGGUCCAUGUUGAACAACAUGUUCGCAAUCCUGAUCCAUCGAUCGUCGGGGCCCUAGCCGCUGAAGCAGCAAGUUCGGGCCUGAGAGCAGAGGCAGCCCAAGUUGUUGCCCAAGUGAGAGAAGCAGCCUUACAAGCUGCGACGGACUAUAGGGUGGAGGCAGUACAGGCAGUAGCUAACGCAAGGAUUGAAACGACGGUUGCGCAAGCAUCUGCAGAGGCCUCUCGGGUUAGCGCCUUGGCAGAGAUCCAGUAUCUUCGGAAGCAGCUGGAAACUUCCCAAAGGGAAAACCAAAUGCUAAGGGAACAAUUCGUAAAGAGCGAGAUCAAGAAGUCAGUAAUGCUACGGGCUUUCAACAAGUUGAUCUUCGUCUUGAAAGGAUUGAGCAACAGAUCGCUAGAGUAG